AUGCUUAAAGCAUCAUCCAUAUUUCGUUAUCGAUCACAACUCUUAAGAAAAGAUAAACUCGAUUUAUUGCAGGCAUUUUCAACAUACUGUAACCGAUUUUCGGGCAGAUCGUAUUAUCUGCUACAGGUGAAAAGAUACCGUUAUGAACAAACCAACGAGAGGCCAUAUUAUUACAGAGGUCAAAUUCUUCACGAUCAGCUUCUGUUCAAAGCAAUGUCAUUCGCACAACAAAAGGAUCGAGUGCGAGUGGGUGAAAUGAAACGCAGAACUGCGAUAGCUGGCAAGAUGGAACUGCCGUUCGGCAGAUUUCAAGUUCAGUGUAAGUUUGAAAAUCGUUUGAAGAUCAAAAACUGA